AUGGAGAAGUUUGAUUGCGUCGUCGUGGGAGCCGGAUGGUACGGCCUGGGCGCCGCGAAGCAGUUUCACUGUACGCAGCCAGAAGCCUCGCUCGUCGUCUUUGACUCCCAGCCCUCGCUUGGCGGUACAUGGGCUGAAAGUCGCCUGUAUCCUGGGCUGAAGAGCAAUAACCUAUGGGGGAUGUUUGAGUAUCCUGAUUUCCCUAUGGACAGUGAGACUUUCAACAUCCACCCUCGUCAGCAUAUUCCUGGAGAAACCGUCAACAAGUACAUCAGAGCCUAUGCGGAAAAGUUUGACAUUGCCGACAAGAUUCGCUCCAGCCAUAAGGUGCUCACCGCCAAUCACCAGGAAACUAUCGAAGGUGGAUGGAUUUUGACUGUGUCGAACGCGAGCGGAGAGGAGACCAAUGUGUUUGCUCGCCACGUCAUCAUCGCGACGGGGCUCACAUCUGAGCCAUGGCUACCUCACUUCGAGGGCCAAGAGUCCUUCGGUGGCAAGAUCUUCCAUGGCAAGGACUUCCAAAAGAACGCUGACACUCUCACAACGGCGAAGACUGUCACGAUCUUUGGUUCAACAAAGUUCGCGUGGGAUGCUGCAUAUGCUUAUGCAACCGCAGGCGUCAAGGUGAAUUGGAUUGUCAGAUCCAAGGGCCAUGGUCCGUGUUGGAUGGCUCCUCCAUUCGUUACACCGCUCAAAAAGUGGCUUGAGAAGCUUGCUAAUACACGGAUGUUGACAUGGUUCAGCCCUUGCGUAUGGGGAGAUGCUGAUGGCUACACUGGCAUUCGAAAUUUCUUCCACGGUACUGCGGCUGGACGAACUAUCGUUGACGGCUUCUGGAAAGUACUCGGCGACGACGCUAAGACGCUUAUGGAAUACGACUCUCAUCCAGAUACUGCUAAGCUAAAGCCAUGGACCGAACCAAUGUUCACUUCAACCAGUUUCAGUAUCCUUAACUACGACACGAACUUCUUCGACUUCAUCAGGGAUGGUACAGUGAGGGUUUAUGUCGGUGAGCUUGAUCAUCUCAGUCCUGGAAAGGUCCAUCUUUCGGACGGAACCGAGCUCGACGCCGACGCACUGCUGGCUCACACUGGCUGGAAACAUGUCCCGCCAAUCAAGUUCCUCCCUGAAGGUAUUGAGAAAGAUCUCGGCAUUCCUCACACACCCAUCGACAACGCUCCACGUGAGGAUCUGGCAGGCCAGAAAGACCUCAUCGACUUGGCCGACAAAGAAAUCUUGGAGCGUUUCCCCAGACUGAAGAACCAGCCGGUUUGGAAUAAGGACUAUACUCCCAUGACUGACAUGAAGGGCAUCGAUAGUGAGGAUGAGGUUACACCUUACAAGUCUCUCACGCCAUACAUGCUUCACAACUUCAUCGUCCCAGCCUCGGAACGCUUCCUGCGAAGUCGCGAUACAGCCUUCGUGGGCAUGGUCAGCAACUUCAGCAAUGUGAUCACCGCACACAUGCAGGGUCUGUGGAUCAGCGCCUAUUUCUCUGGUCGUCUGGCGAAAGACCCUGCAGCAGCGGUUGGCGACGAUGCCGCAAUGCAGAAGUUGAAGUAUGAUACUGUCGUCAUGAACCGAUACGGAUACUGGCGCUACCCUACCGACUGGGGCUCCAACAAAUGCCCUAGUUUUGUCUUCGAUGCGGUUCCAUAUCUUGACUUACUGCAGCAGGAUUUGGGACUUACGCCCUGGCGUAAGAAGGGGUUCUUGGCUGAGUGGUAUGACCCAUACGCCCCCGAAGACUAUCGUGAAGUCAACGAUGAGUGGGAGAGCAAGUACGGAAGUCAAAAGGCUGUGAUGGCUGCACCUUGA